ACCGCGACCCGGUCACCCAUUUGGCAGCUAAGGCCGGGUUUGCAUCACUGUCUGUGCGCCGGAAGCGACGGUUCUUGCAUUUGUUCAUGGUGAUGAUGGUGAAUCCAGGCCCCUAAGUUAGACCAGACGUGGUGCUGUCAGCCGGCGCGGCCGUCAGCCCUUUGCCGGCCCCAAGGCCAUGGCGGUAUUCCAUGACGAGGUGGAGAUCGAGGACUUUCAAUAUGACGAGGAUUCGGAAACGUAUUUCUAUCCCUGCCCGUGUGGGGAUAACUUUUCCAUCACUAAGGAAGAUUUGGAGAAUGGAGAAGAUGUGGCAACGUGUCCUAGCUGCUCUCUCAUUAUAAAAGUGAUUUAUGACAAAGAUCAGUUUAUGUGUGGAGAAAUGGUCCCAGCCCCUUCAGCCAAUAAAGAAUUAGUUAAAUGCUGAAGAAGCCUUCAGGAAUUCACAUCCUGGAUAAGUGGAUGGAAAUAUCAAAUGAAAAGUCCCUGGCUUUGCAGUGACAGCUGCUUUCUGAUUUGCUGUUCGGUAGAGUGCGGAUCUGUUCAUCAAGUGCUGGGUUCAUCUUCAAAUAGAGAAGCAAGCUCAUAACUUUUCUUAUCUGGAUUUCAUGCUUAGAACUUUGAAGUGUUCUUAAUUACCCAGCUGAAUGUAAAGAAAGGUAAUUUUAAAUGGUGCUUUCUGUCCCUUAGUUUCAUCAUUUUUAUAUCCUAAACCUAGUUCAGUAUCUGAUUACAGCAUCAUCUACCUCAUUCAUUAGGAUUUCUUCAUUAAAAAAAGAUUAUAUUUUUAACUUAGUUAUUAAAAUGAGGGAAAUUAGCCCUUUCUCUGAAUGUUGACAUCAGCUUUGUGGUUCUAAACUUAAAAUCUGUUGCUUUGUCAGUACUGUGCUUGCAGUUCCCUCACCACGCCAGUCUCCUCAGUCUUGGCAUUAUUAGAAUGCUCAUGUUCAUUCAGCAUGCCAUUUCUGUUAUGCUUCAUGCUGAAUUCAAUCAUGGCGUUAAAAAGGAAAGAGCCAGGCAUGGUGGCUCACGCCUGUAAUCCCAGCAAUCGGGAGGCUGACAAAGGAAGAUCACCUUGAGUUCAAGGCAACCUGGGCUACACAGUGGGUUCAAGGCCUGUCUGAACUACACAGUGAGACCCUGGUCUCAAAAAAAGGAAGGACAGCAAGGCCACACCACAGUUUCUCCAUAGUUUCUCCGUAGCUAAGAGUUAAUGAGUAAGGAAGAAAGUCUAAAGUGAAAUGGUCAAAAGAAUGGAAUUUCCUUAUAUUCUGCAUGUUCUUUACAAGUCAGAGCAAGAGAAACAGCAGAAGGAAAUGAAAUCAGUAAUAAUGAGAGAAGUGAAACACUCCAGCUUAAGUAAAUGAAAUGCAUGAAUGAUUUUGCCACAUCACAGUGAAUAUUUUUGUCUUUGGGCUUUUAUUUGUUUGAUAAUACUAAUGAAAUUGCACUUUAGAGAGGGGUUGGUAAGUCUUUAUGGCUGGUAGCAGUGCUUUCAGUGUAUAUGUAUUGGGUCACUACCAAAAGGUAAAACAUGUACAACAGAAAAGGAGCUGGGAAAUGGGAGACCUGUUCUGAAUAAAUACACCCAUGAGAGCACAUUAAUAAAUCUCCAUACGAUGCAACCAAACUAGACAUGCUCUCCUGCAGAGAAAUGUUGCCCUGGAGAAAGACAGAAAGAAGAUAGGCUGUUGAUCUUCCUUUGCUGCAAGUAGCAAGAAAUUAGAAUCACUUAUAUGAGAAUUGAAAAAUCCCUUUAUAAACACAACUUUGCUAUGUAUAUAUAGUUUUGAAAGUACUAACACCUAGGAGGCUGUUUUGGAAAUGGCCCCUGUGAUCAGAAAAAUCACUUGCUAAAAUGUGAGUGUUCUAUUACUAAUUAGUAAACGCUGCACACACUCACCAGAGGUUUAAAUUAAAGCAAUCUAAAUGGGCUUUUUUGUAAUGGCUGCUGGCAGCAGCAUUAGACUGAGACGUAAUUUAAAAAAAAAAUUUUAUGCCAGAAGUGCAUAGUACAUUAUUUGCUGUAUUCUUGAUACAAUGUGAAAUCUCAUUGCUGUGUGGAACACUGAUGUCCCAGAAGUAAUCCACGCUGUCCUUGAGCAAGGUGAUUGCUCAGAAGAGAGCAAGGUACAAGCUGACUCUGGUGGGAAUGAGCUGCCAAGAGAAAUGAACUGUCCUGCGCUCAUGUUGAUGCUUCUGUAAAUAGUGCUAAUGUGUAGUCUUUUUCUGCUGCUGAUGAAUUUCAAACAGGAACAGACACCCUGAUGAGCUCAGUCACUAUAUUUGUGAAUACAAAAACAUACCAGGAAUUAAUCCUACAUUAAGCAGAAAGGAAAACCCAGGUCUUUGAAGUAGUACUGGACUUGUGUGUGAUACAUGUGCCUUUUUCAGCACUCCCACCUCCUGCCCUGACAUUUCUGGAGCAUCUGUGAAAACCGCAUAACCCAGGUUCUGUGUCUGAUUAACUUUGUCAUCUCUGGCCAGGCCAGUAGAUUCCUCAUCUGUACGGUUGGGAGACCAUAGCAGGUGGUUCCUUAGCAGUUAGGUCUUGUUUCAGGUGUGGUGGCUUGUAUGAACUGAAAUGGUGAUUGAAAAUUUUACACACUCAAAAUUGAAUCUUGAAUUACAGAGACUGGAAACUCCAGUUUCCUUCAAUAACUUGAUGUUGCCACACUUCUGAGUUUGUGAAUUAUUAAGUCAAACAGUUUAAGAAUUCUACAUAGGUUCCGCCACCUGCCUCGCAAGCGCAAGGUCCCGAGUUCAAUCCCUGGUACCAAAAAAUUAAAAAUUCUACAUAUACUUUAUAUGUACAGAAGCAUUUUUCUUAGCACACAACAUUUUUUGUAACUACAUAUUAAUUUAUUACCAGAAUAAGUUGUACUGGUGUGGUAAAUAAAAUCAGAUAAUUCAAAUACA